AUGGAUCAAUCUCAGAACCAGCGAUCACUAACAACACCACCACCACCAUCGCGUUCUGUUCAAUUCCAUCCUACUCGAGUACCGAUUCUCGAUCUCCUCACUCUACUUAGGACUAGGAAGAAACAAGAGCUUCCACCGCCAAAUGAGCAAUUCAUUUUAGAUUUUGAGCAAUUUCAGAGCCAGUUUCCGGACCAUGAGCAAUUACGUUUCGUGGUUAAAGCUGUUCUUAUACCAUUGGUUGCACAGUGUAGUGGUCAUGGGUCGCGAUCAGACUUUCUUAUUUUUAUUUUUCGAAGCUUGAGCGGUAUUUGGUGCAUUAACUGGGACGCCUUUCUUCCGUCCCUUCUUUCUUCAGUUUCUUCGGCAGAAUUACCGGUUGAUCAAAUGAGUCAAGCAGUGUCAACAAUUACCUCUUCUAGCUUAUCACAAUCAGGAAUGUUGCCUCCUCUAAAUACAAUUACUAAUUCUUCUAAUUUUUAG